GGCCAAUGCCACUCACUCUCUGAUCCAAGUUAGGAGCUUUCAGCUGCCAGCCGUGGCCCAUUAUGUAAGUGCCGCUGAGAAUUAUUUGCAGUGCCAUUGCAAAACGACCCGUUUCCUGACCGUUUUGCAAGGUGUGCAAUUGUAAUAUUGCUCUUUGCACGGACACACACGGUUCAGACGCAAAAAGGCUCCAAGUGCAUGAAGAUCGCGGCUUGUAUUCUGCAUCCUUGUUGCAAAGCAAGCCGCUGAAGCAAGCUUCGGUGCGAGUGCGAUGGAGGGAGGGAGUGAGAAAGAAGGCAAAGUCUCUAGUGCAUCCCCUCCCCCCCAUCAAAGCAAAGGGGAAAUGUCUCAGCCAAAGGGAGGUAAAAGGAAGCCUGGGCUCAAGCUCUCCAAGGAAGUGUUUGAGCAGCCUCCUGCUGCUGCUGCUACACCCCCAAGAGAUUUGGAUUCGAAAGCUUGUGUGACCAUUGGAGAGAAGAACUUUGUGGUGAAGGCAGAUGACCUGGAGCAGAUUGGCGAGCUGGGGAGAGGGGCGUACGGCGUGGUGGACAAGAUGAGGCACAUGCCCAGUGGCCUGAUCAUGGCCGUCAAGAGGAUCCGUGCCACAGUGAACACCCAGGAACAGAAGAGACUGCUGAUGGACCUGGACAUCUCUAUGAGAACAGUAGACUGCUUCUACACAGUCACCUUCUACGGUGCACUCUUCAGAGAGGGUGAUGUGUGGAUCUGUAUGGAGCUGAUGGACACCUCUCUGGAUAAGUUCUAUAAGCAGGUGAUAGAAAAAGGCAUGACCAUCCCUGAAAAUAUCCUGGGAAAGAUGGCUGUCUCGACAGUGAAGGCUCUGGAACAUCUGCACAGCAAUCUGUCAGUCAUCCACCGAGAUGUGAAGCCAUCCAACAUAUUGAUCAACACCCAAGGGCAGGUGAAGAUGUGUGACUUUGGGAUCAGUGGUUACCUGGUGGACUCUGUGGCCAAGACCAUGGACGCAGGCUGCAAGCCCUACAUGGCGCCGGAGAGGAUCAACCCAGAGACUAAUCAGAAAGGCUACAACGUCAAGUCUGACAUUUGGAGUUUAGGAAUCACUAUGAUUGAACUGGCCAUCCUGCGGUUUCCCUAUGACUCCUGGGGCACGCCCUUCCAGCAGCUGAAGCAGGUGGUGGAGGAACCAUCGCCCCAGCUCCCUGCUGACCAGUUCUCCCCUGAGUUGGUUGACUUCACCUCCCUGUGCAACAUCCCUUCUUCAUCUCCCAUGAAUCCUUAGACACCGACGUGGCUAGCUUUGUCAAGGUCAUCCUCGGGGACUGACGAGCGCCCUUAUCUAACCCAACCCAAUGCUCUGACCAAUGGCCACUGGGGAGGCGGACCUACAAAAAAAAGCACCAAUCACAAACCCUAUUACCUGAGGGACUCCACCCUCUCCCUAGUUCCCGACCCCUCCCUUUGGCACAGUGAAGAUGGACAUUAGAGGAACUGAGUGAGGAAUUAUCCUUAAGGCCUUAAGCCCUUGCAUAUUAGAUAUGGGCAGGGGGCCAAGAUGGGGAAAUUACUGAAAUGUUCAGUAUUGGAGCACCGGCCCAUAUAUAAUCUGGAUUAAUUUAAAUGUAUAAUAAUAUCUGUAUGAAAUGUGAUCCCCCGACCUCUAAAUUUGUCCCACCCUUGUUACUGUACUAGACCCAGUACUAAAACAUAGAUUUCAUUGUUAAUGUUAGUGAAUUAAGCAACGUGUGGAUUAUGCCCUGUCCUAUACAGUACCACAGUAUGAGUCAUAAUAGCCAUAAAACCUAGCAGUCAAACAGGGAAAUAUUUGCAAUUGUUUUUCCACCAUUCAUUUUUCCCCAUUGGGGAUUUUAGAAACACUUAAAAUAAGGGCUGUGUUUCGUGUAGACUUACCGUGCCAUGACGUUUUGAUAACCAUGUAAAUCUCUCUCAGACAAGGUGACUUUUAUCAAUAUAUUCACCUGUAUUUACCCCCCCAAAAAUGAAAUGCUAAUUAGCUGCUAAUGUUGCUAUCAUAAAGAUCUACAAAUGUCGUGAUGAUCUGGACUGCCGAAUCGAGGCAAAGGUAAGAAUCUCUGGAUCACAGGAGGCUGCUGAGGGGAGGACGGCUCAUAAUAAUGGCUGGAACGGAGUAAAUGGAAUGGCAUUCAAACACAUGGAAACCAUGGAAACCAUGUGUUGGAUACUAUUCCAUUUGUUGUGUUUCAGCGAUUACUUUAAACACAUCCUCCCCAAUUAAGUUGCCACCAGCCGCCUGCGCUCUGGUUUAAUUAUCUGAUGUUAGUAAUUAAUACAUUGGCUGCAUUUCUUUAAAUGGGCAAUUCUGUGAAGUGUCUUGUGCAAGUUUUAAAUUGACACAAUACCUGUUAGCAAAGGUGUUUUUUUUGUGUUUUUUUUUAAACGUUUAAUUGUAUUUGAUAUGCAGGAGCUUGCAGGGAUUUGUAAUUGGCGUGUUGUCUGCUUUGAUGCUAAUAAGCAUUUUUUUUUUUAUCUGAAAGUCACCUUGUCCUAGAGAGAUUUACAUGGUUAUCAAAACGUCACGUCGGGUUAAACAGCUCUUAUUUGAAGUGUAUCUAAAAUCCCCUAUGGGAUAAAUGAAUGGUUGAAAAACGAUUGGAACCAUUUCCCUGUUUGACUGCUAGGUUUCAUGGGUAUUAGGACACUGUGGGUCUCUAAUGGUCAAUCCCUGAAAUAUUUUCAAACCCAAUGUAAGAAAACAGAAAAACUUUUUUUUUUUUUUUAAAACAACUGAAAGUGAUAUGAAUAUAUCUAUGUAUAAUCUCAAUGUUUGUACUAUACUCAAGCUCAAGUGUUGUAUUGGUUUACUAAUUCACUGCAUGUACAGAAAAUAUAUAAUAUAGAAUGGACUGGUAUCAGUCGCCUUUGAAAGACCGAGAGAUUCAGAUUCUCGACUGUCCAGUGGUUAAGCAUUACACAAGUCUGUAAUGGUUGGAGGUCUCAUUCAGAAGUGCAGUGGGUUUGUCAAAGGAAGUUACUGCACUUUGCUCUCAACUGCUCUCUCAUGUAUAGGUCUACUACGCAUUGGGCUGUGUGUGUGUGUUUAUGUGGGCGCCUUCUAUGUGUGUUACACGUGUUUUAAAGUGAAGUAUAUGUGGUCGUUGUGGUUCCUAGUCACUUCCUGAAUAAUUUUUCUCUUCUGAGCCAGUCACAAUACUUUCCCCACUGUAUGUUGAACUGGAAUCGAAUAAUAGUUAUACUGAUAUUAUUAUUAUUAUUUAUUAUUAUAUAGCUUAUAUUUAUGUAUACUGAUACAGUAUACUGAUAUAUUAACUGCCGUUUUCCCUUUGAAAACUUAGUAUUAACAAUAUACUGUCUUAUUUUACUGUGUGUGUGUGUGUGUGAGUGAGGUGUCGUUCUUGACAGAAUGCUUUAAUGAAACAGUUACUCAUAACACAAGCCUUAUCUGUGCCUCUAAAAAUACAGAAAACAAAAUAACUGUUGCCAGGUAAAGAGAUGUUCUGUAUUCAACAAGGCAAGUUCCCCCCCCCCACACACUUUAUUCACUCGGCGGCAUGUGCCCCUUUCUGUCCAAUGGGGUAAUUUAUGGACAAUAUUUAGGGUGCCUCUUUUGGCUCAAGAACACCCCCCGGAGGCAAACAUAAUGUACAGUCCUUUUGUACAGUGUUAACUUCUCCACAUUACUCUAUAUAUCAUCAAAUCUACUCUACCUGCUGAACACUGCAGGAGCAUAUAGACUCACAAUUAGCUUGCGUAGGUUAUAUAACGAAGCUGUUUCUGCAUUUCCCCCUCCCCUCCCUCCCUCCACAUUUUUUCUUUAUCAUUAAGUUUACCUACUUGGACUACAGUAUCAUAUUAACUCACCACUUGCUUGCAUAGGUUUCAAAAUGUAUUUGUUAGCAUACUCUCACCCCUCUCCACCCCUCCCGACCGACCGAACCCAGUCUACUAGAUGGUGACAGUCAUGCCAGUCUUUGGUUUCACAACUGUGGGAUGAAUAGAGUCGUUUUCAGUGGUAGUUUGAUGCCGUGUCAUAACACAUACAACUCAUUUACAUGAGAUUUAAAAUACAUUUUUUUUAAAACACUUCUGAAACUGCAUUCUAGUUUGACGGAAGCCUUGGAUGUUGCUUGUCAUUCUUGUGGUGGCUGAUACUGUAUAGAAGUCGACAUCCGUUAAUUUCUGCUGCUUUCUGAGAGUGACUGGCAGGAUGGCUGAUGCUCUUGAGCCUCUGCUAUUAUGGAAGAACUACUGUAAAUGUUAUGAUGCGGGAAAAUGGGAAGGCAGGAUGUAAUCACAUUUCAAUAAUGAAAUGCACAGUUCUCUUUUUUUUUUGUGCUUUCGUGUCCGUGUGUGUCCUGCUUUUGAAACUUUCAACAGUUCUUUUAGCAAACAAUUUCUAUCUUAUUUCAAUGUUGCUUAACGAGAAAACAAAUCUAUUACGAACUCCAGACAUUCAUACCUGUAUUCCUGUCUUGUACUCAUUUUGCAAAGUAGACCCAGAUUUGAAUAUGUUAUAACUUAGUGUAACUGUGUUAUCUGUUCCACCUUGGUGUUGAGUCUGAGUUCCGCUGUUCUCUUUUGUCCAGUAUCCCGUUCUGUUCUAUCAACUAUACAAACAUCCAUGCGUUGAUGUCCUCCGCUUGUCUGUAGAGACAAUCAGCCCUGGGCUAUAAAACCUUUCCUGUCCUUCUUAUCAAUAUGAGCUGUUGUAGCACCUUCCUCUUGCCACCACCAUCCAAGAGCCCAUACCAUUACCAGACCCCCUGCAUUCAACCACCAUCCAAGAGCCCAUACCAUUACCAGACCCCCUGCAUUCAACCACCAUCCAAGAGCCCAUACCAUUACCAGACCCCCUGCAUUCAACCACCAUCCAAGAGCCCAUACCAUUACCAGACCCCCUGCAUUCAACCACCAUCCAAGAGCCCGUACCAUUACCAGACCCCCUGCAUUCAACCACCAUCCAAGAGCCCGUACCAUUACCAGACCCCCUGCAUUCAACCACCAUCCAAGAGCCCAUACCAUUACCAGACCCCCUGCAUUCAACCAUCAUCCAAGAGCCCAUACCAUUACCAGACCCCCUGCAUUCAACCACCAUCCAAGAGCCCAUACCAUUACCAGACCCCCUGCAUUCAACCACCAUCCAAGAGCCCGUACCAUUACCAGACCCCCUGCAUUCAACCACCAUCCAAGAGCCCAUACCAUUACCAGACCCCCUGCAUUCAACCAUCAUCCAAGAGCCCAUACCAUUACCAGACCCCCUGCAUUCAACCACCAUCCAAGAGCCCAUACCAUUACCAGACCCUCUGCAUUCCACAGUAGUGGAUCUAUUGUGAUUUGCCCCUUGGCAUGACAGGUACAGUGGUACAGUACAUGCUGUGCCAUCAACACACAUAAGUGCUAAGGUCUGGUCACCCACAAUGUGGCACUGUUUUCCCCCUGCAGCUUCUGAAAACCACUGAGAUCAUAAAGACCAACGUCUCUUUUGAACAGUGUUCCACUGUUGGCUGUUCUAAUGGCCGUGUUGCAUGACUGUUACUGUCUUCUGCUGGUCCAAUGUUUAAUAAUAUUAGAUUAUAUGCUCAUAAGAUUCAAGUCAUGAAACCAAAAUAUAUUGAUACUAAAGCAACUAACUAAUGUUGUGUCCAGAAAUCUCUAGCCAUCUCCCACAAUUUUGAAUUGGUCAGAUCAUCCCUGCUUUCUUUUGUCAUUAUUUUUUUAAAAUGUUUUAAAUCUUUCUCUCACACUGUUCCUGUCUAUUCCUAGAAAGAGCUCUGAGUCUUAGUGUGGCCACCCACUGAUGUCCUGGCCAGGUCCCUAAUAGGCCCAGUCUCUUCUCUAUUCUUCACACACACCCUCAUCAUCACUCUGAUUUAUUCAUUGGGUGGGCCAAGGAGCUGGAACACGAGAGUUCAGGCUGAGGAGAGCGAGACUAAUUCAGGGACAUGGUGUCUGUACCCACCUAUUCCUUUGUGACAAGACUCUUACUAUCAAAUCAAACAGCUAGCCAGAGCCCACGCAAGAUGUGCAAUAUUUGGUUCUGUGUGCCAACAUUUGUGCCCUGAUUGGAGGGAUGAUGGGCUGUUGGUAGAACACAGGUUGUUAGUGAUGCUGUUCCCGUCUGCUAGUUAUCAUAUCUGGUAUUUUUUGACUUCUUAUUUUAUCCUUGCUUGAUGCUGUUUAGGCCUUGCUUGAUGCUGUUUAGGCCUUGCUUGAUGCUGUUUAGGCCUUGAUGCUGUUUAGGCCUAUCUUCGAACACUGAAAAUCUUUAAUAUCGUUAGCAUCAUAUAACGUUUCCUACCGCUUGCAUUUGGUGAAAGGAAGUUUUAACUCAGCCGAUAUUAGGGGCAGUUUGUGUGGUUACUGUUUAUUUUAAUUUUUUAAAAUUUAUAUAUUUUAUUUAACCUUUUAUUUAACUAGGCAAGUCAGUUAAUAACAAAUUCUUAUUUUACAAUGACGGCCUACCCCGGCCAACACUGGGCCAGUUGUGAGCCGCCCUAUGGGACUCACAAUCACGGCCGGUUGUGAUAAAGCUUGAAAUCGAACCAGGGUCUGUAGUGACGCCUCUAGCACUGAGAUGCAGUGCCUUAGACCGCUGCGCCACUAACGAGUUUGAAUUUACUAGAGGUAUGAUUUCAAGUGUUGUUGAUUGAUAUGAUAUAUUAUUUGUUAUUUUUGUCACGUACAGUUGUUGAUAUUGAAUUUUUGUUGGGGGUAGAGGAUAGUGCACAGUUUUAUUCUGACUGUAUUUUGUGUGUGUGUGGGGGGGGGGGGUCUUCUAUUCUUGUAGGGAUCUAAACUCCACAAAUAUUCCAACUAGGAUAGUAAAACAAAGAUAAUUCUCCCUCGUGGGGACAUUUUCCCACAUCCCCAUGAGGACAAUCUAUUUUAGGUUUAGGGGUUAGGGUUAGUAUAAGAGAUUUGGGUUAUGGUUACGAGUUAAGGUUAGGGUUAGCUCUUAGGGAAAGUAGGAUUUUGAAUGGAAAUACAUUUUAGGUCCCCAUGAGGAUAGAAGAACAUAAAAUGUGUGUGUGUUAUGGGACAUGUCUAAUACAGUCAGUGGAUAGGCUGGAGGGCAGUGCUAUAUUUAUCCCCUCUGUUUCUGAACUGAGCUGAACUCUCCUGGAAGAUACUAAGACUAGUCACGUCUGACACACACACACUCACAGUAGGCAUGAUGGAAGGAUGAUUUCCCGCCUCUCGUGUGUGUGUCAGUUAAAGUCGGUGAUUCUAUUUGCGUGCUCGUUAGUAGUACCCACCUGCUGUUGAAAUUGUCACCCAGGGUUUGUCAUCGUGGCAGGAUGUCACAGUGGAAAAUAUGUCCAGUCAACUCUCCAUCCUCACGUGUUCUCAUAUCCCGCUGUCUGACUCUUCCAGGUUUCUGACUUAUCCCAUUUUGUUUUUCCCAGCUGUGUAUUUUGAGACUUUGUAUUGGUAAAACGGGAAUUCUUCUUUCGGGAAUUGGAGGGUUGGUUAUAAAAAAAAAUGUCACAGGUUAAACAGGUAGGGAUGAGUCAUUGUCUGAAAUGUUGAAAGCUAAGAAUCAUAGGAUGCUGUUUUUGUCACCAUCUUCCUCUUCCUUCUCAUGCCUGAUAAAACCAGUGACAUGAUGACUUCCCAUCCAAACUGGAAAUGAAAAGAUUUUUGUCAGUUUGUACUUUCCCCAUUGUUAAUGUUAGUUUCUGGAAUACAGCUGUUGUCUUCUCUACUCAAGCAUCAGCUAGCCCUCUUUUCAGAAGCUGUAAAUGAAUCGUAAUCAAAAACAAAUUGCUGUUCUGUUAUGCAUUUGCCAGACUAUAUCAAGUGUAAAUCUGUUGUUUGUGAAGUGUGUGAAAACUCUGCUUUUGUUUUCACACAUUAUUGCAAAACCAUUUUUGCUUAAAUGUUAUUUUUUAAGGUGAGCUGUGUAGCCAUCAGACUCACUUUGUUGGAAUAUGGAAACUUUUGGAGCUUAGUGUCUCUGUGGCCGAUGGAUACCUGGCUGCAGGUACUGUACAUGCAGCUGUGCUUGACUCGUGUUGUGCUCUUUUGUGGGGGAUCCGAUUCAAGCCAGGCUUGUGUUUGUGGGAGUUGGGAUGAUGCGAAUGCAUUGGGGAGGGAGGGUGGAUGAGUCCAUAUUGUCAAUGCUGACUGGUUUCAGAAAAUACAUUUGCAGAGAUGGUUUCAAAUGCUACUGUAAGUAAAAUGGAGAAGAGCGAGGGGGCAUAUAUUCUAUUGUAUGAUGGGCGGGUGGGCAGGGUUACCGUGGCAACAUAUCGUGGUGACCAUUGCCGUGGGGAAGUGAAGUUCUCAGUAUAUUUACACGUUGAUUCUCUUUAAAGCUUCUGAUUUUUAAAAAAGACUGAUGACUGUUUUUGCUUCUUAGAGCUAAAUGAAUUUCUAUUAAAUAUUUUGAAAAGAUUGCUCAAACUGAUUGUGUGCAAUUGUAAUGAUGGAAAUUCAAUAAAAGGUAUUUUUACACAA